CCGGCCUCGGUGCAGGCUCUGAAGCUUCUCAGUGCUGCAGUCAGCAGCCCGUAUCCCCCCUCAAAGCCCUCGGCCUCACCUCUUUCAUUCAACCUCGAAGUGGUGGAGAACCAGCCACCGACCCCAGACCAGCUCAGGACCAUACUGUCCUACCUGCCGGGAGUCUCCUCUCUUGACAGCUUCAUGUCUUCGCACUACGCAGUCGACGCAAAACCUUCAAAUCCCGCACAGCUAGCCAAGCUUGUGUCGACGGAGCCGCGGGCACUCAAAUGGCCCAUCGUGGUCGACUGGGAAGGCGGCAAGGCAGCCGUCGGUGACGUUGAUGGCGUCAAGCGGAUACUCGAGGACCUCCGGAAGCAGCGGGACGGCGAGGCAAAGGGAGACGACUAAGCUUGGUCUCAAUAAGAAAGGAAAGCUUGUAUAGUGCGUUCUGCCCCUAGGUGCAUCUGCGGCGUUGUUGACAUGCGGACUAGAUUAGGAGGAAAGGACGGUAUCAAUGCAUCACGGACUAGUAAAUACCGGUACUGUACUGCAAUAACAACCACAACUUCAUUAUGC